AUCACAUAUCUCUGAUACGCAACUAUGGUAUAUAAUCUGUUUGUCUAACCUCAAGUUUAUAUGUAAAAUAUUCUUUUUUAUCGUUCAAAUAGUAAAUGCAAUUUAUUAAAAGAGCAAGUUAAAAUAUUUUAAUUAAGAAUGAGUAAAUACGUCAAGUAUUCUGAUCUCAUGAAAAGAUCGACCGAGUAUGCACAAAGAAUGAACAGAUUGAGCAACAGAAUAUUUGGUGAAGUUGUGAGACAAACCAAUUCUAAGUCAAUGAAAGUAGUGAAAUUAUUCAGUGCAGAACCGAUCAAUAAAAGGAAGGAUUUGUACCCUUAUUAUCCCAGACACAUAGAAACAGGACAACUAAUGCUAAACCUUCGUUAUUAUGGGUUGUUUAGAGAUGAACACGCAGACUUUCAAGAUGAAAUGGAACGUUUAAGAGUUUUGCGUGGAAAGGGAAAACGAGAACGAAAACCACGAAAAACCGAAAAGUAGAAUUUCUUAGUUAUUUGUAGCAUUUACUUGAUAUAAAUUAUUCUAAUGUAAAUGUUUCAUAAAAAAACUAUCUUACAUAAUGUCUGCUGCUUAUAGAUAAAUAUUAAGUAAAAAAAAUAAUAAAAACUUGUAUAUACAUACAUCAUGUUACAAUUCAC